GAGAUGCCAGAGCAGCCAGACGCGGAGAGCGGGCAGCGGAAACUACAUAUCCCAUAACGCCCGACACUUCCGGCACGCUACAAGGGGAUGCCUAAACGCAGAAAACUACAUGUCCCAUUAGGGCAGAGUCGAGCUUCCGGUGACGCCAUCACCGUGCUAGGGCGCGUAUUCUGUCUUCAGUUUUCCCUGCUAAUAAGUUGGAAAAGACUCCUGAGAACUGUACUGCUGCUGCUGGCACUGAGCUGUGAUAGGAAAAUGGAAGAUACUUUUCAAGAUAACCUUACUACACGUUCUUUGCUUAAAGGGAUCUUGGCAACCGAGCCUGUCCGUCCAGCAGUGAAACACCAAUCUAAGCAAAAUGCUUCAGAAUAUGGAAGACUGUCUACAUCAGCGUAUCUUGAUAGGACUUCAUCUUCUCCAUCCAUGAACUUGCGCAGUAAAAUGAAAGACCGUCUAAGGCGUUCCCUUGGGAAAUCGGCAUAUGAAGCUUCAGCUGUUAAAAGAAAAGUUAAUAUCAAAUCAGGAAUUACACGAAACUCUGGAAAGGAGGCAACGCCCCUAAUUCUGGAAGAUUUAGAUAAGAUCACACCACGCACCUUGUUGAAAAGAAUUAUACAGAAUGAGGAUGAAGUUUCAAUUGUAGUCUCUAAGAAAGCUAAAACUGCUGUCGAUGAUGAGGAUGAUGUACGAGAGACCUUUUCUAAUAUAAGGUUGAGUAGUGUGGGUAAUGUAGAUCUGAGUCUGCCAGAUGUGCAGGAGAAAGAACACAUUACGAUAUUUAGAAAUUUUCAGAAAAAAAGACGGAUCGACAUAUCUGACUUUGAGAGACAAGUUGAUGAAAGGCUGCCUAAGAACAGAGACAAUACUUUAGAGGACAAAAUUGAAGCUUCGUCUUCAUCGGGAAGUUCAUAUACAAUGCCAAGGUUACUGGAGGAUGACCUGGAUGUUUCAUCUAUACCACAGUCCAUAUACAGGAGGGGUCUGCUCCGCAGGCCAAACAGAAUGCACUUGGUUUCUCUGGAUGACUUUGAGAAAGGAGUGGAAGACAGAUAUCGAAUUUUAAAAGGAUCCCAAGAAUGCUUUAUUGAAUCUAUCGCAGAGGAUAAAGCAGAUGCUUCGUCAAAUGAGGUGGCUCAAAUGGACACGGCAUUGUAUGCACAGCCUUUACUUAAGGAAAUUACCACUCCUAAUUCAGAACAAACCCAUAAGGGAAAAAACAAAAAUGGUGUUUCAAUGAAUGAUGAAAGGGAAGGCGCAUGGGAUGUUUUUGCAAGAAUUGAAAGUGAACAAACUGUGGAUGUUUUUGAGAGCGUUCUAAAUGAAGAAACAGAGGACGCUAUUAUGAAUGAUAAAAAGGAAGAAGCAGAGGACGUUAUUGCGAGUGAUGAAAAAGUAGAAGCAGAGGACAAUAUUGUGAGCGAUGGAAGUGAAGAAACAGAGGACAUUAUUGAGAGUGAUGAAAGAGAAGAAGCAGGUAUUACAAAUGAUGAGAGGGAAGAAGCAGAGAGCAUUAUUGAGAGCGAUGAAAUAUUAGAAGUUGAAGACAUUAUUGCGAGCGAUGAAAGUAAAGAAGCAGAGGACAUUAUUGAGAGCAAUGAAAGAGUAGGAGCAGAGGACACUAUUGAGAGCGAUGAAAGUGAAGAACCAGAGGAUCUUAUUGAGAGUUAUGAAAAAGAAGAAGCAGAGGACAUUGAGAGCGAUGAAAGUGAAGAAGCAGAGGAAAUUAUUAAGAGCAAUGAAAGAGUAGAAGCAGAGGACACUAUUGAGAGCGAUGAAAGUGAAGAAGCAGAGGAUCUUAUUGAGAGUUAUGAAAGUGAAGAAGCAGAGGACAUUGAGAGUGAUGAAAGAGAAGAAGCAGUCACAGAUACAGUAAGUGUGAAUGUUCAACCUAAACGUGCAGAUAAAAGCAGACAAAAAUCUGACGCAUCAAUGAAAUAUACUAAAGACAUUGGAUCAAGUGGCGGUGUCGGAGAAGAAAUUCACCCUGACUUCAUGGAUAUUGAAAGUAGUGCACAAUAUGAACAGAACCAGUCCAAUGCAAUCUGGACUGGAAAGCUAACUGGACUGAAUACAUCUCCUGAGAUGCAGAAUUCGAGGCGCAAUGAAGAUGAUUCCACUUUUAAAAACAAGAAAAAAGUGAACAAGCAGCCUAUAUUCACAGGACCAGCUGACACUCCCACUUAUAUUAAGAAUGCUCGAUUUACGGUUACUAAUAAACCUGCCGCUGCCAAGAAGGUGCAGAGGAAAAAAACUGUCACUGCUAAGAAAGAGGGGACAGCAAUCCCAGCCAGUGUAGUAAAGCAAAUAUUUGGUCACCAUGCUCAGACGCGGGUAAACAAGGAUACCUUAGCUGAAGUGGAAAAGUGUUUGGAACGGUAUUUGGACCAAAUGUCAGAUGAUCUGACUGCAUAUUGUGCUCAUGCCGGUCGCAAAACAGUAACUUGUAGCGAUGUGGAGCUCCUUAUGAAAAGGCAGCGUCUGGUGACUGAUAAAACUUCUCUCAAUGUACUUAUUGAAAAACACUUGCCUUUGGAUUGCAGAAAACUCCUAAUUCCGUGUGCAAUGAGCGGAAAUAAAGUCUUCCCAAAAAUAUAAGUUAAUCAUUGGCUAAAUUGUGUUAUGUUUGGUAAUGUAAGGGUUUGAGAUUUUUUGAGAUUAAUAUAUCUAACUUAUAAGCAUGUAGUAUUGUUUUAUGUCAAAUAUAAAAGUGUUAAUAAAGAAUAUUUUGGGUUGUUUA